AUGGUGCCGUACUGCGACGGUGACGCUGAUUGGUACCACUUCCCUCCGCUGUGUCCCCCAUCGCCGCUCGCCUUACUGAGCGCGGAAGACUACCCUCUGCCGAUCGCCGCCUUUCCUCCCGCGCAUCUGAGCCGCGGCGACGACGAGCUCAUCGACGGCUCCUGCCAUGGCGCGCUUGCUGCCGCGGCGGACCGCCCGUCGUCGGCUCUGAUGAAUCUGAGCGAGGGCGAGAGCUACUACGACCUGCCGAUAUUCCCUCCGCCACCGGCAGCCGGCGACCAUCAGUUCUUCUCCAACCAGCUCCCGCCCGUACCUGUGGAUAGCGCGACGGUGGGCCUCGACGACGCGCUCCUGCAGCCGUUGGGCGACAUUGAUCUCGAGGCGUUCGACAACGCCGACGAGCACAAGGCACCCCAUCAUGGUCGUCACACGAUGAUCGUGCCGGCAGGUCAGCAUGCCGUCGGCCAAGAAUACGCAGGCGUCGACGUCGUCGACGAUGCGGAUGAAAAGCCCAUGGCGCCCCACCAUGGUCGUCACACCAUGGUCGGCCAAGAAUACGCAGGAGUCGACGGCGUCAUCGUCGUCGACGACGCGGAUCAAAAGCCCAUGGCCAUGGUGGACUGUUUCCUACCAGGAGCCAAUAAUGCCUUCGAAUCGGCCAUGCCGCCGCCGCAGCCGUCACUGCCACUGCCGGCGCGCGGUAGGAGGAGCGUCGACCACCGAUCAGCUCCGGCGCCUGGGGGCAAGACGAGGCUGGACCACAUCGGCUUCGACGAGCUGAGGAGGUACUUCUACAUGCCCAUCACCAGGGCGGCGCGGGAGAUGAACGUGGGCCUCACCGUGCUCAAGAAGCGCUGCCGCGAGCUCGGCAUCGCCCGGUGGCCGCACCGGAAGAUGAAGAGCCUCAAGUCCCUCAUCCUCAGCGUCCAGGAGAUGGGGACCGGCAUGAACCCGGCGGCGGUGCAGCAGGAGCUGGCGGCGCUCGAGACCUACUGUGCGCUCAUGGAGGAGAACCCGGCGAUCGAGCUCACGGAGCGCACCAAGAAGCUGCGGCAGGCGUGCUUCAAGGAGAGCUACAAGCGGAGGAGGGCGGCGGCCGUCAACGUGGUGGAUCACAUCUUCAACUUUGAUGAGCACCAGUUUCAUCACCAGCUGCCUCCGCCGCCAUCGCCAAGCAGUGCUGAACGCCAUGGCAGCGGCAGUUUCUUUGGCUACUGA